AUGUCCAGCGCAUUUGACGAUUUGACGCGUGAGUAUUUGAAGCGUCGUUUUGAUGCCUUCGAUCAUGACAAGAUUGGGCGUAUACCUUUGAGUGAUCUCAUAUCUCUAGUUAGAAUCUGUGGUGGUACACCACUUGAAGCGGACAUUGAAUCUUUGAAGGCUGAAGCAGACUACGAGGGUCGUGGGUCAGUGUCGUUUGACGGCUUCUGCUGCGCGAUGAAGAUGGCUUUUGAAAAUAUGAGGACGAUGCGUGAUCUGAAAGAAGCUUUUAAGGGGAUAGACCCUGAACGCAAGGGAUACAUGUCUCAGCAUGACCUUCGCUACAUUUUAACAACGCAGGGUGAGCGCUUGAGUACGGAUGAAAUGAACGCCUUUGUUGAGGAGAUGCGGUCGGAGAUGGAUAUGGAAGGAAACUUCAUUCUCUCUGAUGUUGUGUAUAAGAUGACCCCAGAGAUUUUUCGCUGA